CCGGAGGCGGCGCUCGGCGCUUCCCAUUCAUUGUCUUGACAGCAGCCUCGCGCCGCCGCCGCUCGCGCCUCCUCCGCCGCAGGAUGAGCCGGCAGGUGGUCCGCUCCAGCAAGUUCCGCCACGUGUUUGGACAGCCAGCCAAGGCGGAUCAGUGCUACGAGGACGUUCGUGUCUCACAGACCACCUGGGACAGUGGCUUCUGUGCUGUCAACCCCAAGUUCGUGGCCCUGAUCUGCGAGGCCAGUGGGGGUGGGGCCUUCCUGGUGCUGCCCCUGAGCAAGACUGGACGAGUGGACAAAAAUGUGCCUAUGGUCUGUGGCCACACGGCCCCCGUGCUGGACAUCAGCUGGUGCCCACACAAUGACAACGUCAUUGCCAGUGGCUCUGAGGACUGCACGGUCAUGGUGUGGGAGAUCCCUGACGGGGGUCUGGUGGUGCCUCUGAGGGAGCCCAUCGUCACCUUGGAGGGCCACACUAAGCGCGUUGGCAUUGUGGCCUGGCACCCCACGGCCCAGAAUGUACUGCUCAGUGCAGGGUGUGACAGCGUGAUCCUGGUGUGGGAUGUGAGCACCGGGACAGCCAUGCUGACACUGGGCCCGGACGUGCACCCAGACACCAUCUACAGCGUGGACUGGAGCCGCGAUGGUGGCCUUAUCUGCACUUCCUGCCGCGACAAGCAUGUGCGCAUCAUCGAGCCCCGAAAAGGCACAAUCAUGGCUGAGAAGAGUCGUCCCCAUGAGGGGACCCGGCCAGUGCAUGCCGUGUUUGUAUCGGAAGGAAAGAUCCUGACCACAGGCUUCAGCCGAAUGAGUGAGCGGCAGGUGGCGCUGUGGGACACAAAGCACCUGGAGGAGCCUCUGUCCCUGCAGGAGCUGGACACGAGCAGCGGAGUCCUGCUGCCUUUCUUUGACCCUGACACCAAUAUUGUCUACCUCUGCGGCAAGGGUGACAGCUCUAUCCGGUACUUUGAGAUCACCUCUGAGGCCCCGUUCCUGCACUAUCUCUCCAUGUUCAGUUCCAAGGAGUCCCAGCGUGGCAUGGGCUACAUGCCCAAACGUGGCCUGGAAGUGAACAAGUGUGAGAUUGCCAGAUUCUACAAGCUACAUGAGCGGAAGUGUGAGCCCAUUGCCAUGACAGUGCCUAGAAAGUCGGACCUGUUCCAGGAGGACCUGUACCCGCCCACAGCAGGCCCCGACCCUGCCCUCACGGCUGAGGAGUGGAUGGGCGGCCGGGAUGCCGGGCCUCUCCUCAUCUCCCUCAAGGACGGCUAUGUACCCCCAAAGAGCCGGGAGCUGCGAGUCAACCGGGGCCUGGAGAGCUCUCGCAGGAAGGCAGCACCAGAAGCUGGUGGCACCCCGAGCGUGGACGCCAUGUCCCGGAUGGAGGAGGAGAUGAGGAAGCUGCAAGCCACAGUCCAGGAGCUACAGAAGCGCUUGGACAGGCUGGAGGAGGCGCUUGAGGCCAAAUAGAUAAUGCCAUGGCUUUCAGCUGGGGCCAGCCACUCACACCCACUCAAGUCAGGGCGGCAUGGCAGAUAAGAAAAGGCAAUAAUAAUAAAAUGGCUUUAUUUUCUGAUA